AUGGGUUCAAGCGGAAGUAAAAUCGGUGAGAUCCCUGGUAAAGUGAAGGAGGGCAGCGUGCCUUCGACGCCGAUUUUAACGCCUAAAAACGUGAAAAACAUCGAUGUUAACGGGUUUGAUCCCCGAUCUCCUACGGCGAAUAUUUGUAGAACCCCCAUACAAGUUUUGCUGGAUGAAGAAAAUGCUAGUCCAGAUAAAGUUACGUUGGGGAUGGACCCCAGAUCGCCAGCAGUGGAAUUUACAAGGACCCCAAUCGUGGUAAAAGCUACUGAUGAAGAUUUACUCAGGAAAGUGCAGAGGAGGAAUUUAUUGAACCCUUCAAAGAAUGUUGUGGCGCCUAGAUUGUUGGAAAGCAGCCCCAUAACAACAAAACCUGAAGCAAACAAGAGAAAGUCAUUGGUGGGUAUUUUGGAAACAAAUGUCGACUUUAUGGAGACCGAUUUGGAUUUUGUUAUGCAACAAAAGAAGAAAGAUGUUUUGCACAGGGUGGAUAUUGUUAAAAAUGAUAAUAUGGACCCUAGAUCUCCCACAGCUGAGUUUAUGAGAACACCAUUGCAAAUUGCAAGGAAAAUUGGGGAAAUUGAGCUUAAUGAUGAAGAAAUUAAGGAGAGUAUUGAAGAAAAGAGAGCUGAAGAGCAAUUUUUGGAAAAGUUGGAUGAUAUUAUUAAUGAAAACAAAGAAAAAGAUGUGGUAGAUGAAGGAAAUCUUGAGGAAGACUUCAAUGAGCAUAUUAUUGAAAAACUGGAAAGAAGUCUGGAAGAUCAACAGUUUUUGGAAAAAUUGGAUGAAAUAACUGAUGAAAAGGAAGAAGUUAAUGUAAAAUUAGAUACAAAUAAUGAAGAAAUUGUUGAAGAAACUGAAGCAGAAAUAACACCAUCUCUUGUAGAAGAAAUCAAAAAAAUACAGGAAGAAAUCGAACAGGAGUACCCCUUGCCAGAAAGCAUUAAAACCAUAGAAAACUCGCUAAAAACUAAAAUACCUGAACUACAAAUAACACCAAUAGCAAACGUAACACAAAACGUUCGCGAGUUCGACAAAAAACUUACCCACCUGAUCUAUGAAGACAAGGACCUUGUGGUACUCCCCAGGGUGGUAAAAUUGCGGGAAAAUAACCGCACGCCGCUGGGAAAUAGAAAUUCUACAGGGGAGAUCAGGAAUGUGCCAAAAUUGAAGGUCAGUGAUAAACCAAGGAAGUCUGAUGGUCAUAAUAAGAAGUCUGAAUAUGCUGUCAGCAAAAUUCCCGUUUUUAAGGAAAAGGGUAAAAAAAUGCAGGUGCAAUGUGAAAAUACUCCGCCAAUGAAUAUGGAUUUAAAGCCCAGAGUUAAUAAAAGGAAGUCACAUUGGGACAAUGAUAAUACCAUGGUGAUUUAA